AUGGGUGAUGGCGGCAAAUGGGUGUGUGAUCCUUAUCGAUUAAAAUCUCGAUUGGAUUGUCUGGUGUAUAGUGUUGGAUCUGAUGGUGAUUUCGGCUUCGAAGUCGAUAUGAAAAAAACAAUGCCACAUUGUGAAAUUCAUACUUUCGAUCAAAAUCAAUAUAGUUGUCCGAAUGGUAUUUGUAUAUUUCAUCAAAUUACUUUUGGCAAUGGUAUUCAUCCAUCAGGCUCAAAAAAUUGGACAACAAUCAUUCAAGAAUUGAAUCAUACUCAACGAAAAAUCGAUAUAUUAAAAAUUGAUAUUGAAGAUGUUAUUUAUCAUCGAAUAAAAUUGUUUCAAAUUCAAGAAUUAUUUGAUAAUGUUUUUUUUUUCUUUUUCUCAUCAUCUAAACGAUUUGCUUAUAAUCAAGCGGCAUAA